UUGGCCGGUCAGUUAUCAUUCAGACGCCAAACGCAAUACACAAAUAAAUUAUAAAUAUGGUGAAGCCUAUUCUCUAUGGUAUCGAUGCCAGUCCGCCAGUGCGUGCCGUCAAAUUGACGCUGGCUGCGCUGCAGCUGCCCUACGACUACAAAAUUGUCAAUUUGAUGAAUAAGGAGCAGCAUUCGGAGGAAUAUCUGAAGAAGAAUCCACAGCAUACGGUGCCACUAUUGGAGGAUGGCGAUGCAAACAUAGCCGACUCGCAUGCCAUAAUGGCGUAUCUGGUGAGCAAAUACGGCAAGGAUGACUCACUAUAUCCCAAGGAUCUGGUGAAACGCGCUCUCGUCGAUAAUCGCAUGUACUUCGAGUCGGGCGUCGUAUUCGCCAAUGCCCUGCGCAGUCUAGCCAAAAUGAUUCUGUUCCUCGGCAAGACGGAGGUGCCGCAGGAGCGCAUUGAUGCGAUUACCGAGGCAUACGAUUUCGUCGAAGCUUUCUUCAAGGAUCAGACCUAUGUAGCCGGCAAUCAGCUGACCAUUGCCGAUUUCAGUCUCAUCUCAUCUAUCAGCUCUCUGGUUGCCUUCGUGCCAGUCGACGCCGCCAAAUAUCCCAAGCUGAGCGCUUGGAUCAAGCGAUUGGAACAGUUGCCCUAUUAUGCAGAAAAUAGCACAGGUGCACAGCAAUUUGUCGCUGCUGUCAAAAGUAAGCCAUUCACAGUAGUUGGCUAAGUGUUAUCAGUUCUCUCAUUAGCUCUUUUGUAAUAAAUGUUUUGUUUUAUCUAAUCAUCGAUAA